GGCUCUGGCUGCUGGCUCUGGGGCCCGCCUGAAGGGAGGCUCCGGAGGCUGCUGCUCCUUCUUCUUCCCCUUCCUCCUCCUCGCCGGGGCCCGGAGGCGAUGGAUGGCCCGGAGGAGCCGGCCGAGGAAGGCAUCUCUUGGGCGGGAGACCCUCCUCUGCCCCUCCGAAGCAGGGCUCCUCAGGAGGCUUUGGCCGAAGGACUGCCGGUCCCAGCAUCCCCAGCCAUGGGGGAGCUCGCCAGGAAAGCCCCGGAGCCUGAAAGCAAGGCUGCGCCGAGCCCCAGCAAAGCUCCAUCUCCAUCUCCAUCUGCAUCUGCAUCUGCUCCUUCUUGCCGGGAUCCAGCCCAGCAGCAGGAGCCGAGGAAGAAGCCGCAGGGCGUCAAGCGGCACCACCACAAGCACAACCUCAAGCACCGCUACGAGCUCCAGGAGACCCUGGGCAAGGGCACCUACGGCAAAGUCAAGCGGGCCACCGAGAGGUUCUCCGGGAGAGUGGUUGCAAUAAAAUCCAUUCGUAAGGACAAAAUUAAGGAUGAACAAGAUAUGGUUCACAUCAGACGGGAGAUUGAGAUCAUGUCAUCUCUCAGCCAUCCUCAUAUCAUCACUAUAUAUGAAGUAUUUGAGAAUAAAGAUAAAAUUGUGAUCAUCAUGGAGUAUGCAAGCAAAGGAGAAUUGUAUGAUUAUAUCAGUGAAAGGCGAAGGCUGAAUGAAAGGGAGACACGACACUUUUUCCGGCAAAUUGUCUCUGCUGUGCAUUACUGCCAUAAGAAUGGCGUUGUCCAUAGGGACCUAAAACUGGAAAAUAUUCUUCUUGAUGACAAUUGUAAUAUUAAGAUUGCAGACUUUGGCCUUUCAAAUCUUUAUCAGAAAGACAAAUUUCUCCAAACUUUCUGUGGAAGCCCACUGUAUGCAUCUCCUGAAAUUGUCAAUGGAAGACCUUACCGAGGUCCAGAGGUUGACAGCUGGGCCCUUGGUGUAUUACUUUACACGCUGGUUUAUGGAACAAUGCCCUUUGAUGGCUUUGAUCACAAAAAUCUGAUCAGGCAGAUCAGCAGUGGAGAAUAUCGUGAGCCAACACAACCCUCAGAUGCUCGUGGUCUGAUCCGAUGGAUGCUGAUGGUGAAUCCUGAGCGCAGAGCAACCAUUGAAGACAUAGCCAAUCAUUGGUGGGUUAACUGGGGCUAUAAAAGCAGUGUUUGUGAUUGUGAUACCCUUCAAGACUCUGAAUCCCCUCUGCUGUCUAGGUUCAUAGACUGGCAUCAUCGUUCUAGUGGCCUCCAGCCAGAGACUGAUACCAAAAUGAAGUGCCUUUCCAAACCAAAGGGAUCUGAAGUCACGGUAGAAAGACAGCGGUCCCUGAAAAAAUCAAAAAAGGAAAAUGACAUUGCACAGUCUAUCCAGGAAGGAGGAGUUGAAAAUGCAUGCAAAUUAAACUCCAAGAGGCCCAAAGGCAUCUUGAAGAAGAGGAGCAAUAGUGAACAUCGAUCUCAUAGUGCAGGAUUUAUCGAAGGAGUAGUCAGUCCAGUAUUACCCUCCACCUUUAAAUUGGAGCAAGAGUUAUGUAGGACAGGCACAUCCAUUAAGAGCAUUGUAGAAGCAGAGGUAACAGGUAAAUACAGUGUUAAACAGUCUUCCAUAAUGCCAAAAAAAGGAAUCCUCAAAAAGACUCAGCAAAGAGAGUCUGGCUACUAUUCAUCUCCAGAACGGAGUGAAUCUUCGGAACUCUUGGACCAUAGCGAGGCGGCAGCAAAUGGAGACACAUCCCCAGGCAUCAUUGAAACAUUACGGAUUGAGUCUCACAGCCAUUCCUACAGGCGCAAAGGUAUUUUAAAACAUAACAGCAAAUAUUCCACCAGCAGCACAGAUUCAGCUUUGAUCAGCCCUGAAUCACCAACACUGGAAGCCAUGGAGGAAGCAGUCUUGCCUGGAGAAGGAUUAUCUCGAAGUUACAGCCGCCCUUCUAGUGUCAUUAGUGAUGACAGCAUCCUGUCCAGUGACUCUUUUGACUUGAUGGACUUGCAAGAGAACAGGCUUCGAAUCAGGAGUUGUGUGUCAGCUGAAAAUUUUCUCCAGAUCCAAGAUUUCCAGGGACUACAAAACCGAUCACGACCACAGUACCUGAAACGCUAUCGGAAUCGGACAGGUGACAGCAGUUUUUCCCUCCUUACAGAUAUGGAUGAUGUCACUCAGGUCUACAAGAAAGCUCUGGAGAUCUGUAACAAACUUAACUAGCAGACAAGAGACAGCAGAACUGGAAGGAAAGGGUUUGGGGUACCUUUAUGAUGGAGUUGGCUCAAUCAUCAAUUUGCUGACAGUUAUAGCAUUAUUGAAGUGACAUAGAACAGACAGGUUGAGCAGAAAUCCUUCAGCUAUGUUGUGGAAAAAUUCAUCUCAUGCUCAUUAUGCAUUCCUAUAACUCAUGUAAUCAAAAUACUACCUAAUGUCCAAAAGACAUUACAAUAAUGUAUGAAGCAAAACCUCUGGAAUCUGGCAGACAGAAAGGGAUCAUAUUCCAGUGGCUGUAAGUUGAGGCUAGACAAAAUGUAAACUGGAAAAAGGGUAAAUGUAUUUAUAUUAGAGAAGGUAACUAAUCACUGGAAAAGCUAUAUUGCUAAAGUUUUUUUCCCCAAAAAUUCAUUUUAAAAGAAAAAGUAGUUAAGUUUAAAAAACUAUUUGCAGGUGCAUUUGUUAACAUCGAUAUGGUCGAGCUAAUUAUAUUUUCAGAUUACCUGCCAAGUAAGGCCAUGAUCCAGAGUACAAAUGUGCAGCAGAAGGCUUCCUGCUGCACAUACUGAUAAAUGUAUGAUUUCCAGUUGAAGACUGGCACGAUCAGUUAUAAUGCUACCUUGAGAAAAGCAUUAAGGAUUUGAGUGGAAAGUAUUUUGUAUAGAAUUUAGGCUAGGAAGACAUAGCAAUGUAGUAAUGAAAAGUUGGGAGUGAGGAAGGUUAUCUUUUCCCAAGAAAAAAGAAGCAAACAAGGGCUCUGGAAAUCUGCAGAACAUGGCUCCAAAUUGGAGAGAAGUGGCAGCUUCAAUGAGAUCUUGAAUUUUUCCUGUGUUUCAGGGAAAACAUGAAAAUGGAUUGGUAGCUUUUGUUCAAACUUCAAUACAACUGCUUUUUCUACAUAGUCUGUUUUCAGUGCACCUGUGAUUUCCACCUGACUAGACACAAUCCAGAGAAAGGAUUGAUUAAUGCCCUUGAAACUGAUGUACCAUCAUUAUUUUAUUAAAUAAUUGUGCCCUGCUGGUUUCGGGCAUAUGCUGAUUUCUUGGAAUUAGUCUAUAUUCCAUAUCUUUCUUUCAUUCAUUUCUUAUACCUUCCCCAGUUUCCCUGGUGGCACAAUAGUUAAAUGCCUGUAUUGCAGCCACUCACUCACAAACCAUAAGGUUGCAAGUUCAAUCCCAACCAAGGGGGCUCAAGCUUGACUCAGGCUUGCAUCCUUCCAAGGUUGCUAAAUUGAGUACCCAGAUUGUUGGGGGCAACUAGGUUACACUUUGUAAACUGCUUAGGGAGUGCUUAAGUGCACUGAUAAGCAGUAUAGAAACGUUCUUCCUACUUGCUACUACUAGGACAAGAGGGAUGAAAACCAAUGGAAAAAAUGUUUAGUCUCUUCAGAAUCAAAAUAACAUAAGAGGAGGUUAAGGGGUGGGCUAAAUAUAGCUGAAUGGGCCAGGCUAAUACAUCAUGCUAAAAGGAACCACUGAUAAUGUUAAACAAGAUUAAGACAAGAAGACAAUAUGCAAGGAAAUAGGAUAUCUAAGCAGUACCAGUCAGAGCUAAAGUAUCUCCUUGCCAGUAGUCUCUUUCCAUAUAUUAUGCAUGUAGGCUACAAAAAAGCUGGAAUCAAUCAGGAAAGGAUGCACUUAAAACAAUGCAUGGAAGACUUUUCAGAACACCUUUCAAAAGCAGCCUAGAAAGCUGCCCUCACUGCAACUCCUGAAGAAGAAAUUUUGAAGGGGGGGAACCCACUUGUUCAUCUGUGCAAACUGUAUAAAGAUUAAGAAAUGUUAUGCUAUACCUUUGGUUACGCAAACUGAUAAAAUAGAAUUGCAAAUUGUUUAGCUGCAGAAUUUGAGUUUUACAGUGACACUUUCAGGAGCCUUAGCACAGAAUUCCAGAGCCCUUGUCAGUAAGUAAAUUGUAAAGGAAGAGAAUGAAUGUGGUUUAUAAGGAAGAAGAAAGUAACAGUAAAUUUGAUGAGGAAUUCAAUUUAAGAAUGCAUAUGUAUUGUGGAUGAUACUGCAUGGCCAAUGGGGUCAAAUAAGAGAAGACAAGAAAUACACCUGAUUGAGAUAAUUGAAAUAUUGCAGUUAAAGGCUUCAACUCCCAUAAAGGUACCACUUGGGUCUACUGGAUUAUGUGAAUGUAAGCCUCUCUUUAAAUAGGCACUAUGUGUUUGACAGGUCUGGGCAAUUCAGAAUCACUUGGCUUACUUUUGUUCAGUUAUCCCAGCAAACAGUUCUUUAGUUCCAAUAGAGCUGAAUUAUUAAAGUAGUUUACCGUGUUACAUUGUUUGCAGCUUAAAGUCAGUCAUCAGUCUAACUAUAAGUGACAGGUUAAGAUUCUGUUCUUAUGUUUAACUAGUCAUGAUUUUAGUUAGGAACAGAAUUUGGUCCACUCAGUCAUGGCUCCAAAAUCUCAGGAAACUAGUGCCAAACUCAAGAUUUCCCAAAGUAAAGUACAUGAAAAUACCUGAGCUAGAAGAAUGUGUGGUUUUAUAUUUCUCAGAGUUGUGUCCAUGUGGAUGAUUUUGCAUAAGAACACUUUCACUGCACAAUGACAGGUAAGCUAGUUAGCUCUAGUUUACAAGAAUUACUAUUCCAGUUGUUUAGAAUAGGUGUUUCUCUCCACAAACAUUGAUACACAUUAAUAAUCUAACUGAUCAAAAUGGCACUGAAUACCCACCAAAUCCAUAUCACCACAUUUAACAGAUAUGAGCGCAAUUACCCCCUUUUCUUGGUGUGGUGAGAAAGGUUUCCCAUUGUUUUUAAUACUACUUGAUCACUGAGACAGUAUGAUGCUAGGGACAUACUUCUAUUGACUGGUAACUGAUCCUAUGUACUGUAUACCAUAAGCAACCCAGUCCUAAAGCAUAUUUAGUCAGAAAUAAGUUGUACUGAAUUUACUGGGGCUUACUUCCAAGUAGGUGAGCACAGGAUUGUUGCCUUAGAGAGGUACAGCUGCUUAAAUAUUUGCUGUGCCUUUGUGUGUGUGUGUAUGGGGGGGGGAUGUUUCAGCAGUUUUGGAUAUAUGCAUCAGCAUAAAGCGCAGUGUUUUGAAUCAGGUAAAGCCUUGCUCCCUUGGAUGCUGUGCCAGGACCAAUCUAAAGUCCUAAUGGAGCUUGAUUUUAGCAGAACAGUGCUGUUUUAUACUGCCUGUCCAUCAAGUUCAAUUAAACAUUUAAUUGAUGUAUGCAAUGAAGGAGAGGGGAUUCUCAACUGCUCCUGGGUAGAACCAGGAAUCACAUCCAAACUGAGCUCUACCUAAGCUGAUGCCCAGGCCUGCCAUUUUGAGUACAAAUGUGAAUGAGUGAUUGAUUGCUGCCAAACUGGAAAUAUGUUCUGUAGGGAUUUACUGGCAUGUUAUCAUUCCUAGAAGAAGCAGAACACUUGACUGCACAUUGUUAUUAUUAGCGUUAUGUAUUUUUUUUCUUAUUUAAUUUGGGAAGGUUUUUUUUUAAUUUCAAAGCUAACUUUUUUAUUUGAAUUUGUCAUUUUUUUUAAUUUAUUGGUCUGAAAGCCAUUUCAAAGGUAUAAUAAUAUAUUUUGGUGUAAUUUAAUUGGUACAGCAUUAUUUUACAGCUCUGGCCAAAUUGUUACCUUAAAAAUGUUGCUUUUCUUUUUUGUCUUGCUCAUUGGUUGGUUUGAUCUCUAUGAGGCAGGGGGAAAAGCUGGAUAAUCACCCAAAGUAUUUGUAUUUUUAAACUGAUAUUGUCUUUUUGUAUGAAAUAAAAAAACCCAGUAAAAAUGUGAA